AUGUCCUCUGAUUACAGUAAUGUCGCAGACUGUCAACCUGAGUCGCCUUCCACUGUCUUCUCACACAUCUUCCUACCUUAUGAACAAAGCCUGAGCAUGCUUUAUCUCAUCAUGUCUAUGUUGGAGAACCUCCGUCCCAUCCCGAAGGGCCUGACAAACCCUCUCAGCGCGGAUCUCGCUCGCUUUGAGAAGCUCCCCAGCGACGUUAUGAACAACACCCUUGUUCAACUCGACGUCAAGUCUUUCCGUAGCUUCCGCAAUGUCAAUGCGCAAGCUCACACUUCUACACGGAGGCUGCAGGACAACGAUGCAUUCUUUACUACCCAAGCCCUGGUGUAUCAGUACGACAUGCCUCGUACAGAGUUCAACAUUGUUAUAUAUAUACCUUCCAACAAAAUGCUAUAA